GGCAUUACCGCUGCUGGAAAUGUAGCUGGUAAUGCCGUUGGCGGUGUAGGCACUGUGAUCCAGAACAGUGGACAAGCUGCAUCGAAGGCAGCAUCAAGAACUGGGGAGACUACAUCAACAGCUACGGCGACCGCGCAAUCGCCGCAACAGCACCAAACCCAGUCAAGAAGCAAAAGCUCUACCCGCACCAGCCAAAGUCGCAAAGCAAAAGCAUUACCCGCUGCUCCUUCUUCAGCAUACAAGGCACUUCCUGCUCCUGCGUCCAAGCCCAAGACACUAGGCGCAAACACACCUUCGUAUGCAGGCGCAGUCAAGAAGACAGCCGUGUCUGCAGCAUCAAAACCCAAGAGUGUGGUUGGAGGAAGCCCUGCACCUUCUGUUGGUGGCCUACCUAAGCCUUCUGCACCCUCUGUGUCUAAACCUUCCGUCUCGUCUCUGCCUCCCGUCAACUCAAAGCCCUUGAGCUCUCUGCCUCCUGUCAACCCUAAACCCUUGAGCACUUCGACAGCAGGCAAAGUCAAGAUCAGCCCAGCAAGCAAGCCCAAGAGCAGUGGAGGACUGCCGAAAGCUCCGGCUGAUGGAUUGGCAAAACUGUCUGGAGGACUGCCCAAAGCGCCAGUCGGCGGACUGCCCAAACCGCCUGGUGUGAGUGGAGUCAGUAAAGCUCCUGCUGCUGCUGUGAAUGGUCUGUCUAAACCGCCUGGUGUGAGCGGACUCACUAAAGCUCCUGCUACUGCUGCGAAUGGCCUGCCUAAGGUUACAAGUCUGCCGCCUGCCAACGUGCCGAAACCUCCUUCGAGCGGGAGGGUGAGGAUUGACCCUGCUAGCAGGCCCAAGAAG